CUCAAAUGGCUGGGCAAGUAAGGGGGACUAUGGUAUACCCUCAGCAGAACUACAACAAUGGGGUAUCUGUUCAACAGUUUCAGUCAUCUGGAAGAGUAAGUGGAGUUGUUGCCACAAAUUUGUUUCCCUCAGGACAGACAGAAAUUCGCAUGUCUGUGGGUGGGAUUCGUAUGACCCCGGAGGGUGGUGACGUACUUUUGUCCCAAGACCGUUGUGGUAUAUCAAUGUCACAAAACAUAUCUGGUGGUCCAAUUGCCCAAAACCUAUCCGGUUUACACAUGUCCCAGAACAUUAAUGGUGUGCAAAUGUCGCAAAACUUGAGUGGAGUGCAAAUAUCUCAGAUGUCGCAAAUGUACCAGAAUGCUGGUUCCAUUCGUUACUUCACCAGUAACAGCAGCAGCAGAGGUGGAAAUUAUCAAGAGGUCGGGACUCAUUGUAUGCCUGCAAAUCAUAACCAGCACCGGCAUAGUUUCCAGGUUGUGAACGAAACCUCCCAUGGGGAUCACCGUAGUUAUCAACCAACUACUAAACACUUGUUGCAGUCCAAUCCGGGUUUUUUAGUCAAUGAGGGUGGGUGUGGAACGCAUUCUAUACAUGGCGCCAGUGGUAAUCCAGUAUUCACUCAAGACCUGCUCGGUUGUCAUGACCUUACGAAGAAUUAGAAUUGAUUUCCAUGGUGAAAUCCACCCAAUAAAUCUACCUUUGUGGUACGUUAUUUGAAGUUGAUUGACUUCCAUCCAAUAAGUCUGAAUUAUGGCGUGUUACCAUAUGUGCAUUCCUCUGUAACCAUAUGAUUCAAUUUGUAACCCAAUUUGG